CAGACGCGGAACGUUAUAUUAUGUCUCAGUGUCUAGUCGGAACAUUAAUUGAGGACACCGGAAGUGGGCUGUUGGCGGCGGUGAAGGGGAAAAAUGCCGAAGUUUUACUGUGACUACUGUGACACCUAUCUGACACAUGACUCGCCGUCUGUGAGGAAGACCCACUGCAGUGGCCGAAAGCACAAAGAAAAUGUGAAAGAUUACUACCAGAAAUGGAUGGAGGAGCAGGCACAGAGCCUCAUCGAUAAAACCACGGCUGCAUUUCAGCAGGGAAAGAUUCCUCCCACGCCGUUCCCCGGUGGCCCUCCCCCAGGCGGUCCUCCUCGCCCGGGGAUGCUGCCCACCCCGCCAAUGGGAGGUCCUCCCAUGAUGCCCAUGAUGGGGCCUCCUCCACAUGGGAUGAUGCCCGGCGGGCCCGGAGGCAUGAGGCCACCGAUGGGAGGACCCAUGCAGAUGAUGCCAGGGCCGCCACACAUGAUGCGUCAUCCUCGGCCGAUGAUGAUGCCAGUCAGGCCGGGCAUGAUGCGACCAGACAGAUAAGGCCAAGUGGACUUUCUCUGCUUUGUUGCCACGAACAGACGCUGUCUUGUGAGGACUCGGACUUCAACAUUUGGAUUUUGCAGAAUUUUUUUUUUCUUUCUUUCUUUUUCCUCCCGCAACUCAUUUGUCAUCUUUCAGCAUCAGCCAAUAACUGAAAAAAUUUUUUCUGUUACUUCAUUUAAUUCCUGUUAUUUAUGCAGUCCACAUCAUUUGAAUUACUUUUUGAUCCUCACACCCUGAAAUGAGUCUGGUUUGUCAUUUCCAAAUUGGGAUUUCGGUUCUCACUGACAGUCUGUUCAGUGAUCAUGUUCAAAAUGUUUCCAAAACUUGACAGUUUUUGUUGCUACAUUUUAUUUCUGUGUUGUUUUAGGUUUUUUUUUCUUUCCAUUGAAUUGUUUUCAUGAAUAAAAAAAGAACUUGAUUUUAAGCUUGUUUGUU